AUGAUUAAUAAAAGCUCUCCCCGGCGCGGGGGAUUGUUUAAUUUUCUUUUCGGAGAGGAGAGACCUGGAGAGGAGACACCAGUCCCUGUGCACACAGGAGCUCCACUUUCCUUCGCCCCUCCACCAGUUUACCAGAAUGCCAAGUCCUUGUCCUCCUCAGACAGCCUAGCGAAGGUGCAGGAGGUAGCAAGCUGGCUUUUGGAAAUGAACCAGGAUCUGCUGUCGGGGGGCAGCGGCAGCAGGGCGACCCAGCAGCAGAGGCCUGGGGCAGGUAACAGCACCUCCGGCCGCGCACCCCAGCCCCAGGCGGAGCACAUGAACCGGGUGCUGGAGGAGCAGGAGCAGGAGGCGCAGCAACAGAGAAGAGAAGCAGCCGAGGAGGAAGAGGACGGACGAGAGCGGCCGAGGGAUCAAGAGGAGGAGCCGGUGGAGGAAGGACGGAGGAGUGAGGUGAAUGGAGCCGAAAAGGGUGCCCAGUGGAUGUGGGAGCAGGAGCAGCACCGGCGGCGUAGACGGCAUCGCGAGGAAGAGGAGGAGAACGAGGAGGAGGAGGGGAAUAAUAACGGCGGAAGGGAAGGGCAGGUCGGAGCGGGACUUCGUUCAGACCAGAACGAAGACGAUGAGGAGGAUGGCGAGGAGGAAAUGGACCAGGAUAGCGAUGAGUUUGAGCAUUCAGAAGAGAGUGGGAGGGAAGAGGAGGAGGAGGAGGAGGAGGCUGAAGAUGAGGAGGAAGGAGAGGAAGGCCUCCACUCUCCCUCCCUCAGGACCGCUGUGUCGGACCUUAAUGAUAACACAGACCAGUCCUCCGGACGACAGCACCAAAGCUCACCCUCAUUUUGCAAGAAUAAGAUGAAGAGGAAGUUGGACCAUGGCCCCGAGGUUCGAUCUUUCCCUUCAGGAAAAAAGCCCUGUCCAAGUCCCACAGGACUGCUGUUCCCAGCCACCCCCACUACGUUUCGGGACAUUCGAGCGGUCAAUGGGCAGGGUCAGCAGAGACGGCGCAUCACGUCCAUCCAGCCCCCCACAGGCCUGCAGGAGUGGCUCCGCACCUUUCAGAGCUGGAGUGGCCCAGAGAAGCUGCUCGCGCUGGAUGAGUUGAUUGACAGCUGUGAGCCAACGCAGGUGAAGCACAUGAUGCAGGUGAUCGAACCACAGUUUCAGAGAGACUUCAUCUCGCUUCUGCCCAGAGAGUUGGCCUUACACGUGUUGUCAUUUCUGGAGCCAAAGGAUCUGCUUCAGGCAGCUCAGACAUGUCGUUACUGGCGCAUCCUAGCAGAGGACAACCUGCUCUGGAGGGAGAAAUGCAAAGAAGAAGGUAUUGACGAGCCCUUGCACAUAAAGAGAAGGAAGGUUAUCAAGCCAGGGUUCACACACAGCCCCUGGAAGAGUGCCUAUAUUAGACAACACAGAAUAGACACCAACUGGAGGCGAGGAGACCUCAAAUCACCUAAGGUGUUGAAAGGCCAUGACGAUCAUGUCAUCACCUGUCUCCAGUUCUGUGGAAACUGCAUUGUGAGCGGCUCAGACGACAACACGCUCAAAGUAUGGUCUGCUGUUACUGGGAAGUGUUUGCGGACGUUAGUUGGCCACACCGGCGGGGUCUGGUCCUCUCAAAUGCGAGACAACAUCAUUAUCAGUGGCUCCACAGACCGAACGCUGAAGGUCUGGAAUGCAGAGACGGGAGAAUGUAUCCACACGCUGUACGGUCAUACCUCAACAGUGCGCUGUAUGCACUUGCAUGAGAAAAGGGUGGUGAGCGGUUCCCGGGACGCUACGCUGCGAGUUUGGGACAUUGAGACGGGUCAAUGUUUGCACGUGCUCAUGGGUCACGUGGCGGCCGUUCGCUGCGUACAGUAUGAUGGCCGUAGGGUGGUCAGCGGGGCCUAUGACUUCAUGGUGAAGGUGUGGGAUCCUGAAACCGAGACCUGCCUGCACACACUCCAGGGUCACACCAACAGAGUCUACUCCCUACAGUUUGACGGCAUCCACGUGUCUAGAUGUCCCCACAAGCACCAGAGUGCAGUGACAUGCCUGCAGUUCAACAAGAACUUUGUCAUCACCAGCUCUGAUGACGGUACGGUGAAGUUGUGGGACCUUCGGACGGGCGAGUUCAUCCGUAACCUGGUCACACUGGAGAGCGGAGGCAGCGGCGGCGUGGUCUGGCGGAUCCGCGCCUCCAAUACCAAACUGGUUUGCGCGGUGGGCAGCCGUAACGGCACGGAGGAAACCAAGCUGCUGGUGCUGGACUUCGACGUGGACAUGAAGUGAAGGGGGUGAACUUAAAGGGGACUCGUUUGGAAAACGGGGAGGGUGUGGGGGGGAGAGCAACCUGCCGCGCCAGGACCGGUCGCUCACUUCAUGGCACCUCCCCGUUAAGUUGCCGCCAACAUUUCUCCCCAUCACGCCACGGUCCGCGACUGCCGCCACAGUUCCGUUCACCUUCCGAAGUGCAGACGCUCACAGCAUUCUGGGAAGGAAACUGACAAGAAGGACUUGGGAAGACAGGAUUGUCCCUUUUCCUUCCACUCAAGGCGACCUUGCACAGAGACUUGUUCGCUCAAGCCUGACUGAAAUUCACACCCAUAUGUACAAACAUUUUUUUGUUUUUUUGAACAAAACAGUCAACACUGUAUACAUGAGACCCCUAAUGCAUCGACACGAACACGGAGUGAUAAAUAGUGUAUACAAAUGACACUUUAAUGGAGACAGAUCAGAGCUUUGUACUGCGGGAGUGAUUCAAGAGAGAGAAAGGAAGCCAAUUUUGUCGGUCCUCAUCAACCUCAGCACACGCCAAAUAUCCCUUUCUUCCUCAUGCGUUUAAUUUUUCUUUUGUAUCCGUUUUUUUUGCUUUGUUCCCCACAACUUGUCUUUUGGUUUUGCGUCAACAGCUGUGAAUUAAAGUUUUGUGCUUUCUUUUCAAGUUCAGCAUUUUUUUGUUUCACGAUCCUGCCUCUGUUGCAAACAACAGGUUUCAGUAUUAAGCUAAACCCACUCUGCUGUUUCACACGUUUAUGGGAUUUUCUUUUGUAAUUUUUUUUUUCUUUUUGUAAUUUAGUGCUCCAUAAGCAGUGCCUCUCUGGAUCGGAGAUGACCUGCAUUCGUUAUGUUUUUCAACCAGUCUGGUCUCAUUAGCUCAUCAGUGCUGGUGCUCUGUGGUGCGGGUGCUCCCCCCCCCCCCCAGUACUGUCCAUCCCAGUGGCCAAACUGGAUUUUAUGCUGCUAGACUCACAGAAAAAUAAGGUGGAACUUUAACUGGCUGUGACGUUUUAGUCCCAGACGAAAUUCUAAACAAAAGUUACUUGUGUAGUUUGAACUUGUAAAACGACACAAACAAACGUACCAACAAAAGCAAAAUAUCGACAAAACCGCUUCUCUUUUUUUGCCACUGAAACUUGAGCCAAAUGUGCCUCUACGAGGCAUAGAGGAGGGAGAAUGUCUGACAAAGAGACGGGUUUGUCUGCUGAGAUGAAACGCCGGACGAGUAGAAACUAUUUUGCGUGUGUUUGCGAGCAUGACUGGGUGUGUGUGCGGGUGUGUGUUUGAGCAAAUUGUUCACACAUUCCUUGGGACAAAAGCUGUUGUCAUCCUGUUCUGUGUGGAAAUGUAUGCUUCGACUAAAAAGAAUACCAUUCUUGUUUUUAAUUAGUUGAAAAACGAGAUUGUUGGAACCGGCGUUAAGUUACCGAAGAAUAAAGGUGGUCUUAGUGUACAGAAAUGGACAUCUGAUUACAUUUUAAGUGCUAGAGCUAACCUGGUUCCGUUGUUGACGCUCUCAUGGGUUUUUUUGUUAGUUUUUUUGAAUGGUAAAGCAGCUUCAUAGAUAAACAGGGCGUAACCGCAUCCGUAGCCAAACGAUUCGUCUCAUCCUCCAAGUCACACAACUCAAGCUGAACUGUGAAAGUGGUUUAACACUGUAUAUUACAAGAAAAAACAAUCUUGUUCUUUCUCCUGCUUUUUUUUUUUUUUUUUUUUCUUCCCGUUUAAUUUAUAAUCUGGUUUGAGAAAUCAGAUGUUGGAGCUGUUUUAUUUUUUCAGUUUAUGUAAACUGCCUGGCAUAACAGACAGAUAAAAAAAAAGAAACCUUAAAGGGAUUGU